AUAAAACGGCGAUAUUUGUGUCCGGUGGAUUUCAUGGUCUACUGUACUUAAAAUUUCCUUUGUCCAAAAUUGCGGAAUAUUGCACAUUCAAGUUGCGAACACUUGCUCUAAACUUUCCGGUUUUUACUCUUAGGGGUGUUGGCAACACUUGUAGCCAUUAAUUGCCUUCGUCAGUUUUUACUUUAAUGAUGCUGCGAGUCACAUAAACUGACUCACAGCACUUGGAUUCUGGCUUCCUCGUAAAGCAACUGUGCUGAACUUUUCUUAUUUUAGCUCCUUCCGCUUCCCCGUUGAAGCUAAGAACGUCUACCGACUAUAGGUUUACAGCAUGACCUGUCUGCUCUUACUGCCUCUGCUGAUGCUUGCAUCACUGCAGGUGCACAUAGGCGCAGCGUGGCAGUUUGAGAUCAAAGAGCAUCGUUAUUGUGGUGGCUCAUGUCCCAUGCACGGUCUCACGGAGUUCAAAGCAUGGAACGACUCUUACUCGGUGCAUGUGUUCAUAGAAGCUGGGGAGCGCAUAUCUCCAACAUUACUCGUCGUUUGCAGUUCCUCGGCAUCAUCAAAUGCCACAAUCAAUUUGGAACAACUCAAAUCUCUUAAAAUGAAGCUGAGGCAGGGGUUAACUGUUCCCCACGCUGUGCAGUCAUAUGGACUGGUUUUUCUGAACCUGCCGGAAUACAAUGACAGCGUUCACCAGGACGAUUCCACCACGAGACCCCAUUAUUUUGCAAACUGGAAUUGGACAUUAGUGCAGUGGAUCGAUCCGAACUCCAGUGACAAUUUAGAUCGGUUCCAGGUCACCUACCGCGGGUACGGCGCCUUGUACACGCCAUUUUCCACCGGUGGACACGUGGAGCUGCGGUUCACUGUGCCUAUUGAUGCCCACUUUCGUUCGUCAAACAACCUAUCCUCAAUCGUAGUGCAAUGUGAAGUGUCCCUUGUCGGCUUGCAUUCUUCCCACCAAAACAGUAACUUCGGCCUUCAGCUUGUUUUGGUAUCCAACGAGAGCGUCGUUCCUGAUGACGACUAUGUCACGUACCGAGAAGGACUCGGGGAUGCAGAUCUUGUAACUGUUCGGUUGGAUCACCGGAUCAGCUCACACCAGUCUUUCCCACCCGGGGCUUAUCUUCAAAUGAAAGGAAUGGAUCACAUGUCCUUGGAGCAACAUUCAUCCGCUGCGCGUGUCUUUCAUCCGAUGUAUUUGGAGCGGGUAAAACACGCACCAGAAAGCAAACGGCGCCGACAGCUCAUUUCUCAGUGUCUCGCGGGUACUUUCUUCGGCAAGAGAAUCUAUCAACAAUACGUUGGCCUUUCCUCGAUGGACUCCGUGGCAGAGCAAUGGGUUAGUGGGACACCUGCGCUCCCACCAGUUGGAAUACGAUUGCAGUCGGUACAUUUUCCGCAUUCUGUGGACCAUUCCAAUGCACAACCGAGCACUGUAGUCUGUUCCGCAGAUAAAUUGCUCGACCUUCCGUCUCGCUCAAUUUCCGCUCCUACUCCCCCCAAACACACACAGCAGCAGCAGCAAAGACACAACAAAUGCGGAUCACCGUACUUGCCAUACUAUGCGUUUGGCUCUUGGGGUAACUUCAAAGGGGUGGGAGUAAAGUUUUUGGGAAAUGUGGGUUGA